GAGAUGUUAGAUUUAAAGAACAGGAGUGGUGCGUGUCGCCGUCAGUGUCAUCAUGAGGUCUGCGGUGCUAGCGCUGGCUCUGUGCCUUAGCGCGGCUUCUGCAGGCCCACUCAGCGGCGAGGAGAAGUACAGGUUACCGGAAACCUUCCUGUUUGGAGCAGGGACAAGCGCCUACCAGACAGAAGGAGCCUGGGAUACAGACGCUCAACGUUUUCCGGUUUUCUAUAUCCUGGACGCGGAUUUUUCCAACCCGCACUAAUGAGACAAAGAAUCAGAAGGGUAUAGACCACUAUCACAGUCUACUGGAUGAGCUGAAGAAGCACAACAUCGAACCGAUGGUGACAAUGUUCCACUUUGAUUAUCCUCAAGCUCUAGAAGACGCUUUCGGUGGAUGGCUAGGUAAUGAGAUGUUGGAUGAGUUUGAAGCUUACGCUGAUUUUCUGUUCAAGGAGUAUGGAUCAAAACGCGUGGGUCUUACGGGAAAUGCCUCUCUGGAUCAAGAACAGAUACGAGAAAAACGGUAGAAAACUUCCAGUCUUCAUUACGGAGAAUGGUAUUAAUGCUGCCGGUAACAAGUCUUCAUUGAACGACUGGGACGAGAGGGCUGUGUAUGCAAGCGCGUUCCUGCGAGAGCUGGCGGCUGGAAUUAAUGAGAAUGGCACAAACGUUUUCGGCUACACGAUGUGGAGUCUUUUAGAUACAUUCGAGUUUCACAGCUUCAGCAAUUGGGGCAUUGUCAAAGUGGACUUCAGCUCAGCAAACAGGACGCGCUCUUUGAAAAACUCUUGGACGUUCUUCAAAAGAGUCAGCAGUACGCACCUUGUGCCCCUCGUCGAGGCAGGUUCCGAACCCUUCCCAGACGACUCAGGCUCUGCCAAACUUACGAGCUCAUCCGCCAUGCUCCUGGUGGUGGGGUUAUUUGCUAAGUUGAUGUUAUGAACCAAUAAAAAAUACAAAACUAAACAAAAAACAA